AUGACCAAGUUGAGCUUUUUGGCUUUGGCCGCCGCGGCUGGCCUGGCCGUCGCGAAGGAUGUGUACUUGGAUUGGAACGUCACCUGGGUCAACGCCGCGCCUGACGGCUUUGAGCGCCCGGUCAUUGGUAUCAAUGGCGAGUGGCCUUGUCCCCAAGUAGAUGUCACUGUGGGUGACAAUCUCAUUGUCGAUGUUUACAACGGUCUGGGCAACGAGUCUACCGGUAUUCACUGGCACGGUUUCCACCAAUAUGCCACCGCGAUUAUGGACGGAUCUUCUGGAGUGACCCAAUGCUCAAUUCCUCCUGGCUCAAAGAUGACAUAUCAAUUCAACAUCAACCAAACCGGAUCGUACUGGUAUCACUCCCACGACAUGGGCCAGUACCCGGACGGUUUCCGUGGUCCUCUGAUUGUUCACGACCCCAAUGCUCCAUUCCACUACGAUGACGAGUUCACCCUCACCUUGACCGACUGGUACCACCAGCAGAUGCCAGAGCUCCUCAACGCAUAUGAGUCCGAGCAGAACCAGGCAGCCUUCCAUGGCCGGGAGCCUACUCCCAACUCGGCCUUGAUCAACGACGCAAUUGAUACCAAGAUCAAGGUCUUGCCAAACAAGACAUAUCUAGUGCACAUUAUCUGCAUUGGAAACUUCCCCGGUCACACUUGGGUGAUCGACGGUCAUGAGAUGACUGUUGUCGAAGUUGAUGGUGUCUACACUGAUCCCUACCCUGCUGGAGACAAGUUCCUGCGUGUUGCAACCGGACAACGUAUGAGUGUCUUGAUUCACACCAAGUCAGACACGAGCAAGAACUUUGCUAUCUUCGAUACCAUGGAUGUCAACAUGAUGUUCUUCUAUGAGCACAGUACUCCUCCCCCCGGAUACAACCCUAAUGCCACUGCUUGGUUGGUCUAUGACGAGGCGAAGCCUUUGCCCGCGCCUCCCUCAUUCGCUGGAUUCGACAACUUUGUCGAUGAUGUCGCGCUGGUGCCCGCUGAUCACGAGCCUCUGCUCCAGCCCGUCAACCACCAAAUCAUCAUUGACACUGCCUCCGCAGAGAUCAACGGUAUCGCUCGCUUCACAGUUCCCACCUUGUACACUGCCAACACCGUCGGUACUGAACUUGCCUCCAACCCAGAAGUGUACGGCCAGGUCAACCCCUUCGUGCUGAAGUAUGGGGAGGUUGUUGAGAUUGUGAUCAACAACCACCACCCCAACCUUCACCCAUGGCAUUUGCACGGUCACCAUUUCCAGGUUCUGCAGCGAUCUGCAGUCGAUGGUGGCUUCUACAACGGACUCUACAGCAACGUUUCUCAGACCCCAAUCAAGCGUGACACAAUCAUGGUUCAGAACAACGGUCACACCGUCCUCCGCUUCCGCGCCGACAACCCCGGUGUUUGGCUGCUCCACUGCCACAUCGAAUGGCACGUCGAAGCUGGUCUCGUGGCCACUAUCAUUGAAGCCCCGGAGACAUUCCAAACUUCUCUCCAAGCACCUCCCAACAGUCACUACAAGGUCUGCGCUGCCUACCCCAGCCGGACCUCUGGUAAUGCGGCUGGGAACCAGGGUCUCGACAUGACAGGUCUCAACACCCAGGUUGAGGAAGGCAGCGAUGGUGCUUUGUACAAGGGCAAAGUACAGAGCGAGGCUGUUCCUGCUGCUUCUUCUGCCGCGAAGCCCUCCUCCAAGGCUUCCACGACCACCACCAGGACCCCUGCAGCCCAGCCUACUGCCCCCGCGGCCCAGCCCACCACUCCGGCCCAAGCUCCCGCCCCCGAGCCGGCUGCGCCCCAGCCUGCGCAGUCUGCCGCCCCUGCGCCUCCGGCCGACCAGUUGGUCCCUACCGUCCCCACUCCGUCUCCAUACAACCCUGGUUGGUACCAACAGACAGAGCCUCAACACAAUGAUGAGGGUGUUCAACCAGGUUCCGAUAACAACGCGGGACACUGGCCUCAACCACAUGGAGAUCCUUGGACUCUCCCUAAUAUCCAAGGUGGCCACCAUGCCGACACCGACGACUCAGGUUCUGAUCCCUUCGACAUCUUGUCCGGCUUCUCGCAGUUCGGGGGCGGAUAUUAG